AUGCCCGGCUAUAAGGGCGUUGUUACGGUGGGCAAGCCCAAGAAAGAGCUGCACUGCUCGCAGUGCUCGCUGCUUCUCCGCCGGGCCAUGCAGACGGGAGAGGGCGACCGCAUCUGCCACUCGUGUUGGCAGGAAAAGAAGAGAGGUGGCGUCUGGUUGGAAUGCUAUCCAGAUCGUGCUGCUGACAGGGAAGUACAGUUGCUUGAGGUCUUCUGCCCGAGGGAAGCAAACGGUUGUCUGUGGCAGGGUAAACUUGCAGAUCUGGAGGAACAUUUCCAAGAGUGUGGUGAAAAGCCAAACCCGGAGUUUCAGACCUGUCCAAAUGAAGGAUGUGGGGAGCUGGUACCCAGCUCAGAGAUCAAGUACCACAGCAAGUGGUGCCCCUGCAAACACUGCAGAAGGAAAAUGCUAGCAAACCAAUCACAGGUGGGAAUAAGAAAGAGGAAGUCGGAAGCUUCCAGUGAUGAAGUACAUGUGCACCAAAUCAAAACUGCACUUUCUCUAUCUGGAAAUGUGCUCAAAACCCAGAGAAAGCUCCGCACAAAGCUGCGAGAGGCGCUCCAGUUGUCUCAAAUACAAGAGACCCACCCUGGGGAGCUUCUCCGAGUAAACAGGGAGAUUCUGGCCUGUAGUCGGCAGCUGAGUCAGCACUCGUGCCUACUAGAGCAAAAGCUUAAUGCCUUUGGAAGUGCCUGCUGCACCAAUUUCUCCGAAUUGUUGCAAAUGAAUAGGCGUCUAAAAGAGAAAUUGAAUGAGCAAUCCCAGGUGCUGUUGCACGGGCCACAGCUUUCAGCCUACCAAGAAAUGUUCACAUAUCUUGAAGAGUUAGAAAACACUCUUAAGGGACAUAUGAUGAAAUUUAUACAAUGGUUAAAGGCAACAGUGGCUGGCGUGUCAGCUAUUCCACUGAAUCACAACGGGUGGUGUAAAAGGCAGAAAGUCUGUAGAAAUGAAGCCAAAGUUGAAGAUCCAUUUGGAGAGCAAGCUAGGGGUGCAUGGGCAUGCACCAUUGAAGAAAAAGUUGAAAAUCUGCAGCAGGAGCUAGAAAAGCAAGGAAAGAAAGUAGAAAAGCUUGAAGAAACAAAUGAAAUGCUGCGAAAUCGUGUAGCAGAGCUGGAAUUGCUGCAAAAGCCGCCUAAUAUUGUGCAAGGCCAAGAUGACGGAGACCCACAGAUAACCCGGCAUGUGUUCCACGACUGCUUUUACAAGAUCAUAAAUGGAUCGAUACUGCCACAUCUCCUCUGUUUACAGCAGCUCGAACAAUUGAACCUGGUCGGACUGGAUCGUCGCCUGUGUCGUUGGAAGAAAAUGCCCGGCUAUACGGGCGUUGUUCCAGUGGGGAAACCCAAACCAGAACUGUACUGCUCUCAGUGCUCGCUGCUACUCCGUGAGGCUAUGCUGACGGAGGAAGGAGAUCGUGUAUGCAAAUCCUGUUACGAGGAGUUGAAACGAGAACGCGUCUGGUGGAGCCUCGACUUGUCGUGCAAGCCAGACUCUGCCGUCGAUGAAGAAAUAGCGGUGCUCCAGGUGCACUGCUCAAAUUCUUCAAAAGGCUGUCUGUGGAAGGGAGACCUGAAAGAUAUGGAGGAGCAUGUCUCGAGCUGCGAGUAUCAGCCUAAGCCCUGCUCAAAUAAGGGAUGUGGACGUCUCAUUUUGAUGAAGGAGAAAGACUCUCACAAUAAGACUUGUGUCUUCAGAUCAGUGUCCUGCCAGAACUGCAAGCAAACUUUGAUGGCUAAUCAACUAGAGGCCCACUACACACUCUGCCGUGCAAGGAGACAGGAGAUAUCUAUAACCACUGACGAGAAUAGUGUUGAAUUUGCUCCCUUUCACAUUGUCAAAUUUGCCGAAAAACGACUUAGCCUUUCACCAGUCCAACCAAGACCUGCUAUGAAACCUGGGCAAGUGCCUGGAUUAAGUGACUUCAUUCGUCAAGAUUGUCUGCCUAAUAGAGCGAUACCGUCCUGUAUAGUGGGGCAGUACACAUUGGGCUGUGAGAAUCUUGUGCCAUUGAAGAGUUAUGAUCUAGACCACCCCCAAGAUACUCUAUGCUCUACUGCACUGGUGGAUUCCCUGGGACGUCCCCAUGCACGGAAAAGGAAGUUGGAAGAUUCCUGCAGCAAGAAUAGUAUGGUGGAGACGGUACAACCAUUUGGACACAAGCAAACCAAUGGGCGAAUCAAAACCAGGACUCCAGAUUUAACUGUAACGGGAAGACCUGAAAUCUACACUCACAAAGCCAUGUGUGAGGAUCUUAAGUAUUUACAAAACACUCUUCAUCGCUGUACUUCAGUCGGUCCAGAGUUUAGUGGGCUUCACGUACCAGUGAUUACGCCAUCACCAUCUGGCGCAUCUUUCUCUAGUUGUCCAAGGUGGACAGAGCAUAAGAGACAGAAAUGCUUUAGUGAGGGUGAUACGUCGGUCGUUGAUUCAUGGGCACGCAAAGUGAAGAUUAAAGAUAGAGUGAUAGCUCUUGAGAAAGAGAUAAGUAAUCAGAGAAGUGAGCUACAUCAUCAGAGAAGUGAGCUACAUCAUCAGAGAAAUAAGGCAGACCAGCUGGAGAAGACUUUAUCAGAGCUUCAACAUGCUAUUGCAGGCCAAGGAGAUUUCGGUGCGCCGCCACAGAUAACUAAGCGGGUGUACCACAAGUGCAUUACUGACAUCCAAGACUGGAUUGAUGUGGAGGGAAUGCUGCCUCAACUCAUGAAGCACAAAGUUAUCAGCGGUCCAGAUGAUAUGCAUAGGAUUACUCACGGCUCACCACACGACAAGUUGAACUAUUUAUACACAAAGCUUUGCAGGUGUAAGAAUGGGUUCCAUCUUUUCUAUCGCUGCUUGAGAGAGAGUCAGAGCGAUAACUUGGGGCACAGAGAUGCUGCUGACAAGUUGGAAGAAACAGCUCGAAAUAUUGGAACCGGCCAAGCACAUCAGUGCUCUCCGUGACGUAGUGGAUCUCCCUGAGUGACCAUCCCUCUAACACAAACCUCGCCUAUUCGGACUUAUAAACAUCGGACCUCAAUAUGUACAUCCUGGACCUCCUACAUACCACCCUGAGUUUGCUUACUGCAUCUGUCUUCUCACCCACCAUCAUCUGUUCCACACUACAAGUCUAUUGGUCAUCAACGUCGUUUGGUUCUUACGUACUAUCGUCAUGGUCAUCAAUGUCGUUUGGUUCCUACGUACUAUCGUCAUGUUAUGUAACCAAGCAGAGCUGAGCUGAAUUAUUUUACUUGUAUUACACAUCUCCUAUAUACCACCCUGAGCUUGCUUACACAUCUGUCUUGCCACCGACUGUCCUCCACCUUCCGACUCCUCUGACACUGCAAGUCUAUUGGUCAUCAAUAUUAUCGUCGUUUGCAUGAUUUAACCAAGUGCUGUAUUAUCUAUAUGCCUGUAUGAAGAGUAGAAUAUACCAUAGCACGUGAGUACUUUUUGUAUAAUUAUAGCAUAACCAAGUACUGUGUUAUUAUAAUUGUAUAUAUAUGCGUAGAGUAGAGCAUUAUUUUGAAUGUCAUGCCAUGAGAGCACAGUAAUACUUUUUGUAUAUGCUUUGUAGCAGAGCUGAAUUUUACUUUACUUGUUGAUAUAUAAAAGUUA